GACAUAUUAAUGCCAAACUACUAACAACCCUGUUUUGCACUAUCUCAACUGCGAGGAGCAGCUUUAACGUUAUGUUCAUCUGUUGUGUGAAAUGUUGCAGCACGGGAAUGAGUGGAAGCCACUUAAGUGUUGGACAGCACGCUGACGCUCCUCUCUUUUUUCUUUUACAGUAGGAGCAACACUGUCCACACCAGAGCAGUGGGAGUGCAGGGCAGCGCAUCCAGCAGGUCACACUGCUGAACAGCUCAUCUGUCCGCCCGGUACAAUCCAAACAUCUACGUACUCCCAUAAGGCGCCUCACGGGGCAACAAUGUCUCCAAACACCCGCAUGGCUUUUAUGGAAGCGAUUUGUUCCACUAGUUCCUUUUACGCUCCGUCCUAGCGCAUCUUCUGGUGGGAACGCGAUGUCCUGGAUGUAUUUUCUCCGGAGAUUGUAAAGUGGAGGGAAGCACAGCUCGCCAAAGAAGCCAUGUGGAGAGCGGCCACGUCCCUUGGUGGGAGCACCGGAGGCAUAAAGCCCCACUAACAGGAGAUCAUUAUUUGCGUCUUCUUGAAGGAAAAAGAUCCGUCGAUGAGGAAACAAAGAGAGACGAGAUGGUAGAGAAUGGCCGCACCUGACCUUCUUGACCCAAAAUCUGCCGCCCACAACUCCAAACCUCGCCUGUCAUUCUCGGUCAGCCCGGUGCUGCUGAAUACGCCAGAGGACGAGUGUGACACCCGGACUACAGUCAUGAGGUGGAAAACUGUGUCAGCCAUCUUCUUCUUGGUGGUGCUUUACCUCAUCAUUGGGGCGACAGUGUUCAGAGCGCUGGAGCAGCCCCACGAGAGCUCCCAGAAGCUGGCCAUCCUCGCAGAAAAACUGGACUUCUUGGCCAUGCACUCCUGCGUAAACUCCUCUGAGCUGGAGGAUUUGGUGAAGCAAGUGGUUUCAGCAGUCCGAGCAGGUGUGAACCCUUCAGGAAAUUCAUCCAACCACAUGAGCCUCUGGGACAUCAGCUCCUCCUUUUUCUUUGCUGGGACUGUUAUUACCACGAUCGGAUUUGGGAACAUCUCUCCUCACACAGAAGGUGGGCGGAUCUUCUGUAUAAUUUAUGCUCUGCUUGGGAUUCCCCUAUUUGGAUUCUUAUUGGCUGGUGUCGGGGACCAGUUGGGGACCAUUUUUGGGAAGGGCAUCGCCAAAGUAGAGAAGAUGAUUGUGAAGUGGAAAGUCAGCCAGACAAAGAUCCGCGUCAUCUCCACGCUGAUCUUCAUUCUGUUCGGGUGCCUCAUCUUCGUGGCUCUGCCAGUCAUCAUCUUCAAGCACAUCGAGGGCUGGAGCACUCUAGAAUCCAUCUAUUUUGUCGUCAUAACCCUCACCACAAUCGGCUUUGGAGACUUUGUCGCCGGUGAAAAAGGUGGGUCAGACAGCUCAGAGUUUCUGAACUACUACAAGCCUGUGGUGUGGUUCUGGAUCCUGGUGGGCCUUGCCUACUUUGCCGCUGUGCUCAGUAUGAUUGGAGACUGGUUCCGAGUCAUCUCCAAAAAAACUAAAGAGGAGGUUGGGGAGUUUCGAGCUCACGCAGCCGAGUGGACAGCGAACGUGUCGGCAGAGUUCAAAGAGACCCGGCGGCGACUCAGCGUUGACAUCUAUGACAAGUUCCAACGUGCUGCAUCCAUCAAGCGCAAGCUGUCAUCAGAGCUGGGUAUAAACACGACCCUCAACCAGGAAUUGACCCCUGGCAAAAGAGCGCUGUCUGUCAACCUGUAUGAGGACAGAGAAGCAUGCCCCAACUCGACUCUCUCCCUCAAUCCCAUCACGGGAACCCUGGCCCGGAAUGGCAGCUUCUACCUGAACGGCCUCAGCCCAGACUACGCUGACCGGCAGGAGAUCGCCAUCAUUGAAAAUCUAAAAUAAGACGCGGCAUGAAAAUGAGAUUCAGGAAGCUGAAUGACAUGCAUCUGUUAGUGGACAGAGCUUACAAACAUGUGCCCACUCUUGUGCUUAUUGUUUGAGCAUCUGUGGUAAGGUACCUGUGUGCAUUCAUUAAGUGGAUUGUGCUCCAAUCAUUGAUUGAAAACCUUGAAAAGCUUGACUUAAACACAGAUCAAUCGUCAAAACUCAAAUAAACACAUUUGAAGUGCUCGCUCACAGGUCCCAUCAAAUCAGAGGAGGAAGCCGACUUCCUUUCUUUGUGUCUGUGCCAACGUGAUCGACAGCUGUGCAAGCGAUUGAGCCAAAUUAGAAGCCUGCUCCAGAAUGGAACUAAUGAUUGUAUCAGAGGCAUGCGUUCAACAAACUUAUCUCAUGAGCAGGAAGGAAAUGAAAGCCCAUAUUGAGGUAGCAACACCUCUUCUUCACAUAUGCCCACAAACAAGCCUGUGAACACACAUAAAUAAAUACAUUCAUCAAACUUAGAAAGCAAUAGAUGUAUCUGUGCUCAUUUCUUGUUGAA